CUUGGUAGUUUGUUGGUGAAGACCAAGCCCAAGCCAAGGCUGUCAGCAGUGCUGAUCCCUUCUGAGUCAAGCACUGAGGCUAAAGAAAUUACCUAUAGCAGCCAAGCUAACAAGACGUCGAACACGCGAGUGCCUGUUUUGGGGACUUCUUUCUAGGGUUUCCUUAAUACUCAUCUACCUUGCACUUUUCACUACUUGGUCAUCAUCAUUGCACUACCACCUGCCUCUCAUUGCUUGAAGCCAUGGCUGCUAAUAGGAAUGCUUUGGCCCUUCACAAAGUGAUAAUGGUGGGCAGUGGCGGUGUGGGCAAGUCAGCACUAACACUGCAGUUCAUGUAUGAUGAGUUUGUGGAGGACUAUGAGCCCACUAAAGCUGAUAGCUACAGAAAAAAGGUGGUUCUGGAUGGAGAGGAGGUCCAAAUCGACAUCCUUGACACAGCUGGGCAGGAGGACUACGCUGCUAUUCGAGACAACUACUUCCGCAGUGGAGAGGGAUUUCUCUGUGUGUUCUCCAUCACAGAAUCAGAAUCCUUUGCUGCUACGGCUGACUUCAGAGAACAGAUACUUCGGGUGAAGGAGGAAGAGAACGUACCUUUUCUGCUGGUAGGAAAUAAGUCAGACUUGGAGGAUCGACGGCAAGUUGGGGUGGAGGCGGCCAAAGCCAGAGCAGAGCAGUGGGCAGUCAGCUAUGUUGAGACUUCUGCCAAAACCCGUGCCAAUGUAGAUAAGGUGUUUUUUGAUCUUAUGCGUGACAUCAGAGCCAGAAAAAUGGAAGAUGGCAAAGAAAAAAAUGGAAAAAAGAAGAGGAAAAGUUUGGCAAAAAGAAUUCAGGAAAGAUGUUGCAUUUUAUAAAGACUGCAGCAGUGGGCACUAUUAUGCUAAUUUCUUUUCUCUACUCUUCCACUGCUUCCAGAAAAAAAAAAAAACCAUCAGGUUUCAUCACUCUCUAGCCAAAUCUGCUGAUCAUCUUUAAAAAUACAUCCAGGCUCCAGUGUCUGUUACUUUUUGUUGUUGUUUUUCAAUGGGUACAAAAAGGGCAGAAUAUCAGAAAUGCAUUACCAAAAUGAUGUCAAACAGAGAGGCUGACCAAAUAGUGUCAAUGUUCUGACAUAUCAAACUAAAACAUUUGUAAGCUCAAGCACACCAUAACAAACUUUUAAACUUCUAACGAUUUAUGUACUGUGCAUGUUACUCAUGUAGCGAUGUUACUCAUCCCAUUUUAGUUGCUUUUAGUUCUUAACGCGACUAAGUUGUGGCAACACAGAGUGCUGAACACUAACACUCUCUGUAAAAUAAUACUACUUUUUGCUAUUUGUUUAUCAGUUUAAGGCGUGUUUUCAGGACCGUGGAGACUUGCACCUACUGUUCUGUUCUACUCAAACUAAAGCCUUAAUGAGUAUACAAAAACUGGGUGUAACUGGACAGUAUGGUUUCAGGACACCAUCUAAAAAAAAAUUACAGCUACAUCACCUAACAUUGCUAAAUAUUACUUUAAUGUGUAAAUGACUAAUACAAGCUACAUAAACCCAGGAGUUUAUUCUUGAUAGGAAUGCUCUCCAAAAACCUUUCUUUAAAUUAAAACGCUGUGUUAACAGUGUAAAGCCCAUGCUUUUCAGCAAAGAUUUCUUCAGUCUGCCUUUUGACACUGGUCUUCAUUUUUAUUUAAUAUCCUAUGCCUAAAUGCAUCGGACUUGUCACACGAGCGAAACAUAACCCCAUCUUGCAGUCUAAAGGGCUAAUCGAUAUCCCAGUGUAUGUGUGCAAUGAUUUUUGCUACUUAAAAAUAAGAUGGACAUCUGGCUUAGAUUCUUCUACUUUACUGUGAAAAACAGGUUGGAAUAUUGUUUUAUUACACAGACUGAUUUGUGUACUUUAUUAUAACUUAUAUGCAAUUGAAAUUGUCUUGCAUCUUUUAUCCUGUGUAAUUGUUUUCUAUUGUAAAUUAAAAAGUUAUUUUUGGGUUAGAAGGGUAAACUUAAAAUGAUGAAUUUAUAAUUUUUUUUUCAGUACAACUCUAAAAGAGCUGGACAUAAAUGGUGUUCGGUACACCUGGCCCUGGUGGCUACUCUGCAUACUCUGCAGAUAUGUAGUAAAAGGAACCUGUCUCCCUUUGAUAAAAGGUUUUGAAUAAGCACAUCCUAACCUUAAGUUCCAUGUCUAAAUAAAUGUGAAGUUAACAACUUUUUUUUUUACCUAACUCUGGCAUCUACCAAACAUGUUCUUUUUUGCUUGUAAUUGCCAUUUCCAGCUACAACUACACUGUUCCUUUAGAGUGAACACUGUGGGAUAAGCAAGUUUGUCUUUUCUUCCGUUUAAUUGGUCACAAUGGGUUAAAACCCCCACAACAAUGCUACACUUGUUUGGUCUAUUUGUGUGGUAAGUGUGCCAUGAGGCAAUGACGCUGACAUCAUAUGAACAGCUGAUGCCUCGAGACCCCAACUCAUUGCUUGAGUGAGUAACUGAUCUUUUAAAAAACAUUUACAAUACAAGAUAUUUUAAUAUUAAGCCUCUAUUGUUUGUGUCUCUCUUAUACACUUGUCUUAAUUCUCUACUUUAGGGUGUCUCUUGGCAAACGCUGAACAUGUAUAAGUUAUAAUGAUAAAUAAAAUAGCUUAUUAAAGGCCAAAUUAAAACAGUUAUUAAAACUAGCUGACAAAGACAGAAAGAAAACAGUGGAUUUUAAAAGACACUAACAUUCCUGAUGUAAUGUAAUAUUACAGCAGUAAUUGUCUAUAAUUUUGGUGAUAUGAAUGUUGUGAAAAAGAAAAACAUUUACGCAUAUUGUAUUUCAAAAUGUUAUGUUUCUGUUACAUAAAUAAAAUCUAUUUUUGUAGACCUAUGAGUCUGAGAUGAGAUUU